AUGACCUUUUUACUGACCACCAACCCCGAUAUUCGAUCGGUCAAGCUCUUGGGAUCAUGGGACAACUUCAGCAAACCCUAUUCGAUGGAGAGGGACAGGCGCGUCGGCCCCGGAUACUGGAGAGGAUGCUUUCAAUUCACAGAUAUUAUGGCGGACGGAUCCCAUGACCACGCACAGUGGCGCGCCGAUGGAUUGAAGAUGGGCUGCACUUACUGGUAUUACUAUAUUCUCAACGAGAACAUAGAAUUCUAUAACGAAAACGAGAAAUUCACCACCAAGUGUCCCCUGCUCCCAGGUCGGCCAUUGAACAUCCUCAAUGUGCCCAUGGUCCUACCGAAAAACCGCAUUCACGGCCGAUCAAGUAGUGACGGUUCACAAAGCGAAGAAUACCGCACUUUACACCCCGAGGACAAGUUCAUGAACCCCAGAAGGCCCCCAAAGCCUGAGCUGGCUCAUAUCCAAACCACCAAUCUCAACCCUCGUCAGCCCUCGCCCGGAAACCUUGCGCCUUCUCCUGUCGGUGUUCAUCGGAUCAACGGCGCGCAGGGCCGUCCCCCCCGAGCAAGAGCAUUCAGCGAGGCGCAGAAUCAAGAGAACCAGCGCCAGCAGUUGAUCCAGCACCAACAGAUGAUUCAGCAGCAGCAGCAGCAGCAGCAGCAGCAGCAGGCAGAGAAUACCGUGGCAGAACGCCGUAAUGUCCCCGGCAUUUUGGUUCACGCCAGCUCGGUGAAGAUCCCAAUGAACUCCGUCGAUCAACCUGCCGGGACAACCAUCCAGGCCCGUCGUGCACUCAAGGGAAAUGCCGGCAAUGCGGCACCGGCACUGCAUCUUCUCUCUGUGGACACACACUCUCGUCAUCGUCGGCCCAGUACUUCUCAAAAUGAGGCUCAGGGUCCUGCCCCGGUCGUGAAGGCCAAGGCCUCCAAUGACAUGAUCGUGGCCAAUGGCCAGAGCUCCUCUGGCUCAGGGGACAUGCCCACUCCAACCGGUCCCGAUAUUCAGCACAAGCGACUGCCCUCACUUCCUAACUCGCCAUCCUCUGUCAUGGACGAAGCCGUGCGGGCAAUCGACGAGAGAGACAAGGCCGCCGAUGCACUGAUCAUGCGGAGCCACUUCUCCAGCAUGACUAUCGAUGAAUCGAUCAAUUCGCGCAUUGAGCAGAGUCGGUUCUCAGAGUGGAGCACCGAUACUGGGGAAACCGAAGACGAAACUCCUGCGUCAAUCUUUUCGGCGUCGACCUUCCACCACGAGCCCCAGGAGUCAUCUGCUCCAGAAGACUGGACCACUCCAGAUCUCUCGUGCAACGACGCAGCAACUAAUACCGACCCUAAUACUCCCCAUCUCACUGCAAACUCUAAGCCAUGUUCUCCCAACUCUGCCACGGCCGACAUGCCUCCAUGGAAUGGCACUUUGCCUGAAUUCGCUGUCUCUCUCUCCUCCCCGUCCCUCUCUACAUCUGGCCUUGGAAUUGAUCAGAUGGACGAGGUGGAGAGCAACCCCAAGCGCCAUGCAGCAUUAUUCGAUGCUAUCGAAUCUAUGCAAGCACUCUCAUUAGCUCAGAGUCCUAGUGCUUCUCCCAUUUUUGUGUCUGAGAGUGACCGCUCUAAGUUUGACAGUCAUUCACGCCAGAGUGACGCUUCCGCCGUGAUUCGCGGCAAGGCGACGAUGCAGGAGCUAAUGGACGAGUUGGCUUACCUCAAGAACAUGAUGCAAAGCAACAUGGAGGGCGAGCCUUUUUAA